CAGGGUGAUCGGUGAAUCAAUGAGGAGACCUGAAUGGGGGUGGUGUAGGGUCUGGGAUGAAGAGAGAAGCAGGACAGCUAAUGGGGAAGCAUGAGCGGGAUUGGCAUCUGGGUGGCGGGGUAAACGGAAUGGCUACAGGCGACGGGGGCAGCAGGCAGCGAACAGAGAGGCCUGAAAAGUAGGAGAUCCCAGGGUUGCGUAGGUAGGUGGUUGAAAGCUAGAGACAGUGAACAGCCAAUGGGAGCCACGCGCCGGUGUCGUAGAGGAGGGGUGACGAUAAAGGAUGCAGCGAGCCAACGGGGAGUCUGUGAGCCUGCAUGAAGCCUUCAAGGGGUGGUGCCAGGGCGGAACUAUAGUUCUUAUGGGGGCCAGAAGGAGCUUGAGAGGUGGUGUGUGAGUGCGUCGGAGGCGGGACUGGAGGGACAGAGCCGAUGGGGAUGAAGGCGGGAGCAAGGAAGAGAGAUGGCAGAUAGCCAAUGGGGGAGCCAGAGCUAAGUGGAGCCCUCAAAGGGUAGUGCAAAGGGACAUAGAAGCGAGAUAUGAAAGAGCAGAGCCUACGGGAAUAAAGAGCCAAUAAGGAAGCAGGAGGAGAGGACAGUGCGUAGGCAGUCUGGGCUAUGGGGUGGUCAAGUAACAGAACCGUAAAAUGCCUCUUGUGAGUGGAUUUACCUGCUCCCUAACCCUCCGUGACUCCCCAUUGCUCCUGAACUGUGAAUCCCCAAAGCCCAUCAAGACCUAGACUGCACUCUGGUGCGAAAUCUAAGAAAGCAAAAUGAACUCUCCUGUCGCAGUUACUGGAUCUCCUCUGCCCACCUCUAAGCCUGUGCUUGAGUGUGACUAGGCAAGGAUGCCCCUGAUUGUCAUCCUCGGCAUUCUCCAGGACUUGGCACCAUUACUGAAUGAAUGGCCAGAUGAAAAAUAUAACUUUUUUGAAAGCCAAGCCAACAGGCCCCCUCUGGGCUUUUCCAGAAAGGCCUGAAACCAGUCUUGCGGAUACUUUGGAGUGAACAUUGGAUGACACAAUCCUGGGCCAUGCCGGGCAUUGGGGAGCCGGGGACUGGGAGUCUCAGCCAUGGCCUGUCAGGAGAAGCUCCUGGGUGCUGGUCUCCCCUGUUGAGCAUUGAUUGGAGGUGCUCCCUGAGAUGAGGAAAUGCAGCCACCAAUUCUUGGACAACCUUAACACCGCACAACCUUCAAGCCCCCCAGAAGAACCUGAGAACCUCCCUGUCAUUGCAUCCUAGUAUUUAAAACCUGAGACUGUUGGGCUCAAGGAAACUUGGGGGUUUCAAAGUCUAGCACCGAAAGGCAGGGCCCCGCACCUGCCAGCUCUGUGAUGUGGGACAAGUUUCUUGACUACUUCGCGUCUCCAUUUUGUUCACCUGUGUAAUGGCCAUGAUGUCAAGAUGGACCUCAGCGGGCUUUGAUGCGGGUCCAGUGGAAGAGAUGACAAUGAGGUAGGCACUGGAGGGUCAGAAGUCCUCCAUAUAGUCCAAACACAUGCGGCUACUGUGGUCCUGGUCAGCCUGACUUUGGACAAGGACCCAAUGCCCAACCCCAGGCCUGCCAAGCCCUUGGCCCCUUCCUUGGUGCUCAGCCCAUCCCCAGGAGUCUCAUCCAGCUGGAGGGCUGCACCCAAGGCCUCAGACCUGCUGGGGGCCAAGGGCCCGGGGGCAACCUUCCAGGGCCGGGACCUCCGAGGUGGGGCCCAUGCCUCCUCCUCCUCCUUGAACCCCAUGCCACCAUCACAGCUGCAGCUGCCCACAGUGCCCCUAGUCAUGGUGGCACCUUCUGGAACACGGCUGGGUCCUUCGCCCCACUUGCAGGCACUCCUCCAAGACAGGCCACACUUCAUGCACCAGCUCUCAACAGUGGAUGCCCAUGCCCGGACCCCCAUGCUGCAGGUGCACCCACUGGAAAGACCAGCUAUGAUCAGCCUCCCGCCACCCCCUGCUGCCACUGGGGUCUUCUCUCUCAAGGCCCGGCCUGGCCUGCCACCUGGGAUCAACAUGGCCAGCCUGGAGUGGGUGUCCAGGGAACCAGCAUUGCUCUGCACCUUCCCAAGCCCUGGUGCACCCAAGAAAGACAGGUCAGUGGGAAAAGCUGGGAAGGACCCUUACCUUGGUAUUCCCUCCCCUGACACCUUCUGUCCCCCCAGCACCCUUUCGACCGUGCCCCAGGGCUCCUACUCACUGCUGGCAAAUGGUGUCUGCAAGUGGCCCGGAUGUGAGAAGGUCUUUGAGGAGCCAGAGGACUUCCUCAAGCACUGCCAGGCAGACCAUCUCCUGGAUGAGAAGGGCAGGGCACAGUGUCUCCUCCAGAGGGAGGUGGUGCAAUCUCUGGAGCAGCAGCUGGUGCUGGAGAAGGAGAAGCUGGGUGCUAUGCAGGCCCACCUGGCUGGGAAGAUGGCCCUGACCACGCCUCCAUCUGUGGUGUCAUCUGACAAGGGCUCCUGCUGCAUUGUAGCUGCUGGCACCCCGGGCACCACCCUUCCGGCCUGGCCUGGCCCCCAGGAGGGCCCCAAUGGCCUGUUUGCUGUGCGGAGGCACCUCUGGGGCAGCCAUGGACAUAGUACAUUCCCAGAGAUCUUCCACAACAUGGACUACUUCAAGUUCCAUAACAUGCGGCCUCCGUUCACCUAUGCCACUCUCAUCCGCUGGGCCAUCCUGGAGGCUCCUGAGAAGCAGCGGACACUCAAUGAGAUCUAUCACUGGUUCACACGUAUGUUCGCCUUCUUCAGAAACCACCCUGCCACCUGGAAGAAUGCCAUCCGCCACAACCUGAGCCUGCACAAGUGCUUCGUGCGGGUGGAGAGCGAAAAGGGGGCUGUGUGGACCGUGGAUGAGUUUGAAUUCCGCAAGAAGAGGAGCCAGAGGCCCAGCAGGUGUUCCAACCCCCUAGCUGGCCCCUGACUGCAAGCCAAGGAAAGGAAGGAAGGACAGGGGCCAACAUGUGGGGCAAAAGUGGCUGGGGGCGGGGGUGACAGGCCUGGACAUACUCGCAGCGACCAAGAAGUGCGUGCAGGGACCCUACUACCAAGCUGACUACCCCCCCCCCCCCGGAUCAUAUGCUCUGCACCAAGGCUGCUCAGAGGGACCUCAACCCCGCACUCCCAUCAUAGCCCCCCACGACAGGCUCUCCAGGCAAACUAAGCCUUCACAAUUGACCACACACACAGCCUGCCUUGGGCACUCACAGGCAACCUAGGGCUGAAAAAAAGUCACAAUCCUGUCCCUUGGACUUCAUACAAACCCCCAAACGAAGAGCCUGUCUCAGUACACUCACACAACCUCAAAUCUGCAGUCACACAGACAAUAGCACCUGAGUACGCCUGUCAACCCACAUACCCCGAAGCACACUCCCUCAGCCAGCCUCCAGGCCCCUAGGUGCAUCACAGGGGGGAUGCCUACACACCCACACAGAAGCAGCCUUAGUGCCUUCAGGGUCUCAGGUCCUAGAAAGCCACAUAGACACAUACCAGUCACACACAGUCUUACGCAGCUCCUACCAUUUACACUUGGUCACACAGUCCAUUAGAACUCACCUGCACACCACGCACACCCAGUGGGUCUCAAGUCCCACACGACACACAUGGUCACGUACACUGACUCGCCAAAACAUGCCCUGGGUCUCACCUGCCACCCACGCCCUGCCCCGCCCUGAGCCCUGUGCCCCCA